AGGUGAAAAUUGAAAAAGAACUCUUCCUUUUUCAUUUUUUUGUUGUUAAUAUAAACUGAGGAUGAAGUUCCAGUGAUGUCACAUUCCGUCGAUGAGAAACGUGCCCGGCUUCUCAUUCUCUCUAUACACACACACACAUACAUAUGCGUGUAGUUGAAGACAGAGAGAUAAAGUUUAGAGAGAGAUAGAGAGGAAAGGAAGAGUCAGAAUUUUUCAGAUUUUGAGAGAUGAAGAAAUUUGUGUUGAAUUUGGAUUUGCAAAAUGACAAAGAUCAACAAAGAAGGGCUUUGAAGACGAUCUCAACUCUUUCUGGAAUCGAUGAAAUUUCCAUCGACCUGAAGGGGAAGAAGCUAACCGUGAUUGGAACGGUCGACCCUGUAUCCGUGGUUAGCAAACUUCGCAAAAAGAGCUGGCCGGCCAAGAUAAUCUCGGUGGGGCCAGCCAAAGAGCCGGAGAAGAAGGAGGAGCCUAAGAAGGAGGAACCCAAGAAGGAGGAAGCGAAGAAGCAAGAGGAGGCGAAGAAGGAAGAGGAGCCGAAGAAAGAAGAGGCGAAGAAGGAGGAGGCUAAGGAAGGAGAAAAGAAAGAAGAGCCUAAAAAGGAGGAGGAGAAGAAGCAGGAGCCGGAAAUGAUGCAUCAUCAAAUGAUGCAGGUGAUGGGCACGGGAUUGCCGUAUAGGCCUUACCGGCCCUACUAUCCUCCUAUGCCCACAUACUACCCUGUGCACCACAGCAUGGAAGAGAACCCGAACGCGUGCAUUAUAAGCUAAGGUGAUCAUGCCCCGGGCCGUUUCCGUUCAUUGCCAUCUAGGGUUGAAGCUAAAUCAUUUUGAUGUUUUUGUACAUAUAAUAAGUUGAAAUAUUGAUUUUGGUCCUCAUUUUUGUUCUUGACGGCAAGUGGUAGAGAGAGGUUUGGUUCCCAUAGUUGGGACUUGGGAGCCUAGCUGGAAAGGUGCAAAAUCGUGUAAUGUAAAAUUUUCUAUAUUGCUAAAUAUGAAGUCAAAAUAGUUUGAAGUGGCA